AGGUGACCAGGUGAGAAGAAAGGAAGAAAAGUAGUAAAGGAGGAGGUAAAUGGGAGGGGUAGAAGGUAAAUGGGAGGGGUGGAGUUUUUUUUUUUUUUAAGUUUUGUAUUUUCUUUUUAACCAAUAGUAACCCUCGGUCUGGGUCCCCUCCCCGGGAUAUUAUUGGCCAGUUACAUACUAUAAAAGAAGAUUAGCUGGCAUAGGACCACCAAAAGAGGGGACGUGGGUCAAAAAGGCAUCUUCCUUCCUAUUUUCCUAGCUUUGCGCUUCUCUUUGAAGUCGCCGCUCUACGUGCAGGUGCUUCUUUCGUGUGGCCCCUUAUUCUCCAACACCAUGGCCCUGGACCCAGCCAAGCCCGAGUCCUGCGUGCGACUGGUUUUCUUCGGCGCGGCUGGCGUGGGCAAGACUGCCCUGAUCCAGCGCUUCCUGGCAGACACUUUUGAAGCUCAGCACAAGCGCACUGUGGAGGAACUCUACUGCUUGGAGUAUGAGCUGGACGCACAACGAGUGCGCCUGGAGAUCAUGGACACGAGCGGCAGCUAUUCGUUCCCGGCCAUGAGGAAGCUGGGCAUCCGCCGCGGGGACGCUUUUGCCCUCGUCUACUCGCUACAGGAGCCCGAGUCCUUCCAGGAGGUGCAGCGGCUGCGCGCCGAGAUCCUGGAGACCAAAGGGGAGGCUCCCAGCCCGCCGCCUAUCGUGGUAGUGGGCAACAAAAGCGAUCUGGCGCCCAGUGGGAGCUUCCCUAACGCUGUGAUUGCCGCCGUGGAGCUCGAGUGGGGUGGCAUCUACCUCGAGGCGUCUGCCAAGCGCGGAGAGAAUGUGCUGAGUCUCUUCCAGGAGCUCCUACAGCUCGUGCACCUGCCCAGCCGCCUCAGCCCGGCACUGCGCCGUCGCCGCCAGACCUUCCCUGGAGGACCACCUGAUGGGGCGGUGGGGACUGUCUCCACGCCCCGAGCUGGGAUGCGCAAGCGCCACAGUUGCGCUGUGUCUUAG